AGACGGCAGAGAACUGCAGUGGAUAAAACCGCGCGCACAACCGGCAGAAAAUCACUUUGAGCUCCUCCGUCGCGCAACUAGUGCGGGAAAAAAAAGCCUCGUCAAGCUGUGUUAUUUUUUCUCAUAAGCAGUAAAGUCACCACCCAAACUAAGUCACCAUGGAAGACGAAAUUGCCGCACUGGUUGUUGACAACGGUUCCGGUAUGUGCAAAGCCGGUUUCGCUGGAGAUGAUGCUCCCCGAGCUGUCUUCCCAUCCAUCGUUGGACGCCCAAGACAUCAGGGCGUCAUGGUUGGCAUGGGACAGAAGGACAGCUAUGUUGGUGAUGAGGCCCAGAGCAAGAGGGGUAUCCUGACCCUGAAGUACCCAAUCGAGCACGGCAUUGUUACCAACUGGGAUGACAUGGAGAAGAUCUGGCAUCACACCUUCUACAAUGAGCUGCGUGUUGCCCCUGAGGAGCACCCCGUCCUGCUCACAGAGGCUCCCCUGAACCCCAAGGCCAACAGAGAGAAGAUGACCCAGAUCAUGUUUGAAACCUUCAACACCCCAGCCAUGUACGUUGCCAUCCAGGCUGUGCUGUCCCUGUACGCCUCUGGUCGUACCACUGGUAUUGUGAUGGACUCUGGUGAUGGUGUCACCCACACUGUGCCCAUCUACGAAGGUUAUGCCCUGCCCCACGCUAUCCUGCGUCUGGACUUGGCUGGUCGUGACCUGACUGACUACCUCAUGAAGAUCCUGACCGAGAGAGGCUACAGCUUCACCACCACAGCCGAGAGAGAAAUUGUCCGUGACAUCAAGGAGAAGCUCUGCUACGUCGCCCUGGACUUCGAGCAGGAGAUGGCCACCGCUGCUUCCUCUUCCUCCCUGGAGAAGAGCUAUGAGCUGCCCGAUGGUCAGGUCAUCACCAUCGGAAACGAGCGUUUCAGGUGCCCCGAGGCCCUGUUCCAGCCAUCCUUCUUGGGUAUGGAAUCCUGCGGUAUCCAUGAGACCACCUUCAACUCCAUCAUGAAGUGUGACGUUGACAUCCGUAAGGACCUGUACGCCAACACUGUACUGUCUGGCGGUACCACCAUGUACCCUGGCAUUGCAGACAGAAUGCAGAAAGAAAUCACAGCCCUGGCACCUAGCACAAUGAAAAUCAAGAUCAUUGCCCCACCUGAGCGUAAAUACUCUGUCUGGAUCGGAGGCUCCAUCCUGGCCUCUCUGUCCACCUUCCAGCAGAUGUGGAUCAGCAAGCAGGAGUACGAUGAGUCCGGGCCUUCCAUCGUCCACCGUAAAUGCUUCUAAACAGACUGUUACCACUUCACACGCCGACCUUUAAUUGCGCAGAGGGAAAAAAAACAAAACAAACAACAAAUUGGCAUGGCUUUUGUUAUUUUUGGCGCUUGACUCAGGAUUUAAAAACUGGAACGGUGAAGCUGAUGGCAAUGGGUGUUUUUUUUUUGUUUGUUUGCAAAUGAGCAUCCCCGAAGUUCUACAAUGCAUCAGAGGACUUAAUGUACAUUUCAUUUUUUUUUUUUUUUUUGUCAUUCCAAAUGUUAAGUGCAUUGUUCAGAAACUUAUUUGCCUCUAUGAAGGCCGCCCAGCAAUUGGGAGCACAUUAAAGAAAAGGGGGGAGGGGGGGAGGGAAACCUUGCUCAUAUGUAAAUUAUGUAACUGAAAAACAAUGUCUAGGUUUUUAUUUCAGCCUUAAAUUCUUGGUCCUGUAUCUUGAUUUAUGCAAAAACAAAGCUUUACCUUUAUACAUAAAGAUAAAGGUUUACAUCCCCCCCGGGCGUACGUAAAUGAGCCGUAGAGAGAGUUGAGGUGUCAGUAGUUUUGGGGCUUAUCUGUACACUGACUAAUACAAUUCAAAUAAAGUGCACAUGUUUAAGACCGUAA